AUGGCUCGUAAAUUGCCUUGGGCUGUGAACGAUGACCCGCAAGCAAAGAGAAGUCGAACGAGUCUACCACCAGCUUGCUCAGUGCUAAACAAAGAAUAUUCAAUCACUCCUCUGGACAAGGACGAGAAUCAUGACCUGCCCUCAAAUCGGGGCCGUGCAUUAGAGACCAGUGCCAGAAAAGGAGUUAUGCGCAGUGGAUAUGAUAAGGAUGACGUCUACAUAAUGGUCGAGGAUGAAUUUCAAACAGUGGCUCAGUCGUACACUGCUCACCUUCACCAUGCAGAGUAUAAGAGACUCAUGAGAGAAGCCCGAACUGUACCCCCAAAGGACCUUCCCGAACCCACCUCCCCAAUGUCAAGUGAAGCGAAACGGAGAUUGCAAGGUGCGGCUCUUCAGAAAAGACAAGGCGAUGUAUUACAUCAAGUACUGGGGAAGAGAUCGCCAGAACAAGAUGAGGAGGACAAGAUGAACAAUCUCUGGUCGGGAACGAGUCUUGCUCCGUUGAUGGCGCAAGGCAGUCAGCAGAAGACAUCGUUAGUGGGCUUGGAGAGGAUCUCGAGCAGUACACGAGCCGGUUCAGGUUACAGCAGACCCAAGAGCAGUGGUGCCCAUUUCAGAGUUGAAGAGGCUAGUGAAAGCGAGGAGCUGACCUCAAUCGGAACAGGUGGUCGAUCACGGCGAGCUGAUCAGGCUCAACGAGCCCACAGGGCGUCACGCCACACUAGCAAGACGCUUCCUCCUAGAAGCAGAGUCUUACCAACUCAAAAACAAGGAGAUGAGCCCCAUCGGCCGACAUCUGCAGUUCUUGAUCUUGAUGAGCAGACAACCGACAGGGGCGACAGCAGGAACAAAUGGAGUAGCCAAACCACGAGACCAAAGGGUCCAGCAUCCAGCAGCAAUUUCAUGAAUCGAAAGUCGGAAAAGGAGAAAGAAAGGCAAUCCAGGCUCGGUGAUGUGCCAUUGUUCAUCAUAUAA